AUGGGUAAACGUGAACGGUCAGCUUUAUUACCAAAUAAUAUUCCACAACUACAAAAUCUUAUCAAACGUGAUCCACUUUCAUAUAAAGAAGAUUUUUUACAACAAUAUAGACAUUAUGAGUCUCAAUUAACCAUUCUUCAGCUGAAACCAGAUGAAGAAGCAGAAGAAUUUGGAAAUUUGGUUACUUUUAUUUCACAGGUCUGUUUCCAUGAAGAACGAAUGUUAAAAAAAUGGAUUACAACAGACAGCACAAACGUAGUUGCUGCUAAAAAAAGUUUAGAUGCGUGUAUAGAAUUAUAUAAAAAGGGAAUAUGGAAUGAUUCAAAAACUGUUAAUAUCAUAUCUGAAGCGUGUUUCCAUUCAGUGACAAAAAUUAAGGAUAUUCCAGAUAUUAAACGAUUACAACAUAUAAAUCUUGUUAAUAAAACAAAAAGAUCCAAAUUAAAAAAAUUAGAAAAAGCAAUGUCAAUUAUCAAGAAAAGAGAAAGGCAAAAAAAUAAAAAAGAAAAUUUUAAUUUUUCCACAUUACAUUUAUUAAAUGAUCCUCAAGGAUUCAGCGAAAAAUUAUUAUCAUCACUUCAAAAAUCGUCAAAUAAUGAUAGAUUUGAAGUCAAAUUAAUGACAAUGAAUCUUAUAUCACGUAUAAUUGGAACACAUAAACUUAUCUUAUUAAGCUUUUAUACAUAUAUAUUAAAGUAUCUUAAACCGCACCAACGUGAUGUAACAAUGAUUCUUGUUGUAGUUGCUCAAUCUUGUCAUGAAUUGGUACCACCUGAUGUGUUGGAACCUGUUACUAAAACUAUUGCAAAUAAUUUUGUUUCGGAUCAUUGUGCUGGUGAAGUCAUGGCAGCUGGUUUGAACGCUAUACGCGAGAUUUGUGCACGUCAACCCUUAGCAAUAGAUUCUACUUUGUUACAAGAUCUAACAGAAUAUAAAUCAGAUAGGGAUAAGGGGGUCAUUAUGGCAGCUAAAUCAUUAAUUGGAUUAUUUCGGGAAAUUAAUCCGGAAAUGUUGAAAAGAAAAGAUCGGGGUAAAAUUGCUAGUAUGAAUAUGAAAGAUUUCAAACCAUUACAGUAUGGUAAAAUACGUACGACUGAACAAAUUGAAGGUAUAGAAUUAUUAGAAGAAUAUAAGAAACAACAAAUGCAGGAAGGCGUGACAGGAGCUGAGGAAGAUGAAUGGGUAGGAUGGGAAGUAGCUUCAAAUGCUUCAUCAAACGAAGAUUGGAAUGAUGUUUCAGAUGAUGAAAAUGAAGAUGAUAAAGACGAUGAUAAAGAUGAUAAAGACGAUGAUGAAAGUGAAGAUGAUGAAGACGAUGAUGAAAAUGAUGGCGAUAGAGAUGAUGAAAUUGAAGAUGUUGAAGACGAUAAAGCUGAUAGUGAAAAUGAUAAGGAAUGUGACAAUGAAGAAAAAAAUGAAGGAUAUGUAGGGGAGAUUACAAAUGAUAAAAAGAUUUCAAGCUUGGCAACAACACAACUUUUGACUCCAGCAGAUUUUUUCAAACUGAACGAACUCAAAAUGAAACAUAAAGUUAAACAAUUAAUAGAUGGAGGUAAACGCAAAAGUGACGCAAUACAACACGAUGAACUCCCGGAUAUAGUUGAUGUCAAUUUUAUUACUGGACCACGAAAAAAAGCCAAACAGGAUUAUGAGGAACGUAUAGAAUCCAUAAAGGCCGGACGGGAGGGACGAGAAAAGUUCGGAGGACCCAAAAAAGGGAAAAAGGUUGAAGGCACUAGCACCACAAACAAAGAGAAAGCAAGGCAUAAAGCUUUUAUGAUGGUAAUUCAUAAGAAGAAUAUGAUCAAUAAAAAACGAAUGAGUUUAAGAGAUAAACAGAUACAAUUGACGAGGCGUGGCGGCUUUAAAAAGAAAAGAAA